AUGGAUGACACUCUAAAGAACCUCCUUCAUAGCUGUUUUGUACCCAGAGGGAUAGGUGGUCUUGAUAAACUUGGUAAAUUAGACUUAUCCAGUAAUUACUUCAAAGGACCUAUUCCUUCCAACAUAUUCAACAUUUCAACAUUAACAUUUUUAAACCUUGGCAGCAACUCCCUCUCUGGCGUUCUCCCAUCACAUUUAGGAAAUGGCCUUCCCAAUUUGGAGAAGUUAGGGUUGGAUGGGAAUGAACUAACUGGACAAAUUCCAAACAGCAUAUCAAAUGCUUCUAAGCUCAUUGUGUUACACUUGUCAUUGAAUAAACUUACCAAAGCUAUACCCAAUGUAAUUGGAAAUUUAACAAGCUUGAUUGACUUAGCUUUGGAUGGGAAUGAAUUGACUGGUUUGAUUCCAUAUACAUUUGAUAAAUUACGGAGCCUUCAACGUUUAAGCCUGAGCAACAACAAAUUACAAGGUUCCAUUAUAAAUAACUUUUGCCAACUCAAAAGUCUAAGUGAGUUGAAUCUUGCCAACAACAUGUUUUUGGGAGCAAUUUCGGGAUGUCUUGGGAAUACUUCUUUGCAAAAGUUGAAUUUUAGCUCUAACAAAUUUGUUUCUCAUAUACCCUCUUCUCUUUGGAGUCUCAAAGAUUUAUUGGUUUUAGAUAUAUCCUCCAAUGCAUUGAGUGGAAUAAUUUCAGCAGAGGUAUCAAACUUGAGAGCAAUUAUACUAUUGGAUUUGUCAAGAAACCAAAUUUCAGGAAGCAUCCCUACAACAAUGGGUGGGUUGCAGACUUUGCAAAACUUAUCUUUGGCUCACAACAAAUUACAAGGGCCUAUACUUGAAUCACUAAGUGACAUGGUCAGUAUUGAGUCAAUAGAUCUUUCUCAUAAUUAUUUGUCUGGUGUGAUUCCAAAGUCCUUAGAGUCACUGCACUAUCUUAAAUCUAUUAAUCUUUCCUACAAUUUAUUGGAUGGAGAAAUUCCAAAUGGUGGUCCUUUUCAAAAUCUCACUGCUCAAUCUUUUAUGAUGAAUAAAGGUCUUUGCGGGAAAUCCCACCUACACGUCCAACCAUGUAGGAAAGGAAACAAGCCCAUAACAAAUAAAGUGAUGUUGGCGAUAAAAUGCUUAGUGCCUAUCAUGGUUGUCAUUUUGCUUGUUACAGGCAUUGUCUUUCUAAAGCAUAAUAGAGACGACGCUAACUAUGCAACCAAUAGGGAUUUAACAAAUUUGGAUGCACCAACUAGGAUAUCUUAUUAUGAGCUUUUACAGGGAACAAAUGGAUUUGAUGAGAGGAAUCUUCUUGGCUUUGGAAGUUUUGGAUCAGUGUACAAAGCAAUUCUUCCAAAUGAAAAGAUAGUUGCUGUCAAAGUGUUUAACAUAGACAUGGAAGAAGCAUUGAGAAGUUUUGAUAUUGAAUGUGUUGCUAUGCGUAAUUUUCGCCAUCGUAAUCUCAUUAAGAUCAUUAGUAGUUGCUCAAAUGAUGAUUUCAAGUCUCUAAUCAUGGAAUUCAUGUCAAAUGGAAGUCUUGAUAGAUGGUUGUACUAUCAUAACUAUUGUUUAGAUAUCUUGCAGAGAUUGAAUAUAAUGGUUGAUGUGGCUGCUGCAUUAGAGUAUCUUCAUCAUGGUACUUCUACUCCGAUUGUUCAUUGUGACAUAAAACCAAGCAAUAUUUUGUUGGAUGAAGAUAUGGUGGCUCAUCUUAGUGAUUUUGGUAUAGCUAAACUAUUAGAUGAAGGACAGUUGGAAACUCAUACAAAAACAUUGGCUACAGUUGGCUAUAUGGCACCAGAGUAUGGCUCAAAAGGAGUAGUUUCUUUCAAAGCAGAUGUGUAUGGCUAUGGUAUCAUGCUAAUGGAGAUGUUUACAAGGAAGAAGCCAACUGAUAAAAUGUUUGUUGAAGGUCUUGAUUUGAAAGAUUGGGUUAGCAAAUCAAUACCACAUUCAAUCAUCGAUAUUCUUGAUGUCAAUUUGCUGCAUGAAGGGAAUCCAAAUAUCAACAAUAUAUUACCACAUAUAUCAUCAAUUUUUGAGUUAGCAUUAAGUUGUUGCACUGAAUCACCAGAAGCACGAAUUAUGAUGACUGAUGUUGUGGUCUCUUUGAAAAAGAUAAGAUUGGUUGGUCAGUUGCAUUCAUACCAUAGGGAUGGUAAGGAUCAGAGAUUAUCUGAAGUUGUCCUGUUGACUGUGUUCUGCAUUUUGCCAUUGAGAGAGAACCUGUUUGAAGAGAUGUUGCAAGAAGGCAUUGUCGAGAAAUGCUCCAAAUUUAUCAACAGGCUUUUAGUAUGGGUUCUGCAAGCAGUUCUAGAAGGUCUUCUCACUCUGGGGAGGUUCAAUCGCCACUUCAUGCUAAUUCAGAUUCCAAUGGAACUGGGAGGCCGUCAGGCUAUUAAUCCCUGGUUGGUUUAUGAGUUGGCUGAGCAUGGUUGUUGA